AUGGGCAAGGACGAGUUCGUGGCUGCUGCAGGGCGCAGCGAUGCCAGCUCGGACCCGGAGAAGCAGUCCAUCAAGGAUGCCUCGACACACGAGCUUGAGCGCGGCUUCUCUGCCAACCAUCUUCAGUUCCUCGCCAUCGGAGGAGCUGUGGGCACAGGUCUCUUUAUUGGUUCAGGUUCUGCCCUGGCCACAGCUGGUCCUGUCAGCUGCCUGAUAUCCUACCUCUUUGUCGGAACCAUCCUGUACUCUGUCAUGACGAGUCUCGGCGAGAUGGCCACUUACCUGCCUGUUCCUGGCUCUUUUACCGCCUACAAUACUCGCUUCGUGGACCCAGGCCUGGGUUUUGCCAUUGGCUGGCUGUAUUGGUUCAGCUGGGCCAUCACGUUUGCCCUCGAGCUGACAGCAGCGGGAAUGAUCAUCCAGUACUGGAACGCCAGCAUCAGCAUUGGCGUCUGGAUCGCCAUCUUCUGGGUCAUCUUCACGGCGACCAACUUCAUCCCCGUCAAGUGGUUUGGCGAGAUGGAAAUGUGGUUCGUCAGCAUUAAGGUCGUCACCAUCCUGGGCUUCAUCAUCUUCGCCAUCUGCAUCGACGCCGGCGCCAGCCACCAGGGCUACCUCGGCUUCACCUACUGGAAGAACCCGGGCUCCUUCGCCUCGUACGACAGCAGCAUGGAGCCUGCCACGGGCAAGUUCGUCGCCUUCUGGGACGUGCUGAUCACCGCGGCCUUCUCGUACCAGGGCGCAGAGCUGGUGGGCGUGGGCGCCGGCGAGGCCCGUGACCCGCACAAGACGGUGCCCAAGGCCAUCCGCAACACCUUCUGGGGCAUCCUCUUCCUCUUCGUGGCCACCAUCUUCUUCCUGGGCCUGCUGGUCCCCUACACCAACAGCGACCUCACCAACUCGGGCUACAGCGCCGCCAGCUCCCCGCUCGUCAUCGCCGCCAACCUGGCCCACGUCCCUGUGCUCCCGGACAUCCUCAACGCCGUGCUCCUGACCGCCGUGCUCUCCGCCGCCAACUCCAACGCCUACUCGGGCAGCCGCAUCCUCGUCGCCCUCGCCAACGAGGGCCAGGCCCCGCGCCUCCUGGCCCGCACCAACAGGUACAACACCCCCUACAUCGCCGUCGCCGCCACCGCCGCCUUUGGCCUGCUGGGCUUCCUCAACCUAAGCAGCGACGGCACCGAGGCCUUCAACUGGUUCCUCGACAUCACCGCCGUCGCCGGCCUGAUCUGCUGGGGCAGCAUCAACCUCUGCCACAUCCGCUUCCAGCACGUCCUCCGCGCCCAGGGCAUCGACCGCCGCUCCCUGCCGUACCGCGCCCCCCUGCAGCCCUACCUGGCCUACUACGGCCUCUUCUUCAUCGUCCUCAUCGUCUUCACCCAGGGCUUCACCGCUUUCAUCCCCUGGAGCACCGUCAACUUCUUCACUGCCUACAUCAGCCUGAUCCUGUUCGUCGUCCUGUAUGCUGGGUACUGGAUCGUCUUUCGCCCGGGCUUUGUCAAGGCCCACGAGGUCGACCUGCACAAGGGCCAGGUGCAACAGGAGCACGAGAAGGACUAUCCUGAGCCUAUGAUGUCAUGA